AAACGGCAAGAUGUCGGCCACCAAGAUUAUGGAAUUACACUGGAUUUUGUGAUUUUCCCCAUUACUGUUACAUUUCCGGACGUGUACAUUUCUCUCUGUGUCGUGUAUAUUAUUUCAUUCAUUAGACUGGAUAUAUUUUAAAUGGAAUAUAAUAAGAAAAGUGCCAGAAAAAUUGAAUGUUUGGUUUGCGAGUGAACUAAGCACCCUGUCAAAAUUUUGAUUCUCAUAUUUUUUUUCAUUACGCUUGUGCAUAAUUCUUUUCCACAAUGUGCACCGUUUUAAAGCCUGUGUUUUCAUUUUUCUGGUGAAAUAUCUACGUAUUUGGAAAGGCUUAUUUUGAAGCUUGAAUGAGUAAUGGCAUGAUUCCUUAUGAUCAAAGACGCCGCUAAAACAUCAAAGGGAUGCACCGCCGCUGGUACAAAAAUAGUGUUUUCAGAUGUAAUAUCACAUUUUUCUUGGCUGAUUGCUUUGAUUAGUUGCGCGUGACCAUUGAAACAAAAAAGCAUGUGUAUUAACUGAAUACAAAAUGAAUGUUUUGCAGAUUUGUGUAUUUCACACAUUUCUGACAAUUCUUAUCCUCCAUCAAAAAUCCCUGCUAUCCCAGGCAUGCUCCUCGGGGUGUACCUGCACCACAGUGCCAGAAAAGAAUGAAGAAUCCGCUGAAAAUGAUGGUGAAACAGGCGAUACAAAUGGACCCGAAGCUGAUGAAUUGGGUAUGCCCCAGGAUACAAAGGGUCGAAAAGUUGACUGUUCCAAUAAUCCAUAUAGAUUCAGUUCUAUCGAGGAUUUAAAUAGGGCUAUAACUAUUCCUCUUGAUACAAUUUAUUUGGAUUUAAGCAAGAAUGAAAUCAGUGUUCUGAGGAAAGAGAGUUUCAGUCAGCUGUCAGACCUACAGAGAUUGGACUUGAGUCAUAACAGGAUUACAUUGAUAGAGCCAGGAGCAUUUGAGGGUCUAUCUGAACUGAGAAGACUGGAUUUAUCCAACAACAAUCUUGGAAGCAUAAAUGGAAGUAUUUUCUCAGGAUUACCUAACCUACAAAAACUAAUGUUAUCAUUUAACAAGCUGAACACAAUACCAGAUGGAACAUUCAGUGAUCUUCCUGCUCUCAGAAGGCUGGAUUUUCAGUCAGAUUAUCUCCGGUGUGAUUGUCACCUGAAAUGGAUCGUGAAAUGGACAAAGUACAAAAAGGUGAAGAUCAAAUCGAGCACUACAUGUGCAGUUCCAAAGGAGCUGAAAGGGACAGCGUUGAAGAGGUUGAAGCAGAAAGAUCUUCAUUGUGAUCGGCCGCUAGAACUGCCUCUGUUUGAGAUUAAACCAGGAAUGAGUCAGAUUGUAUUUGAGGGAGACAAGCUGCCGUUUGAUUGCCAAGCAUCUGUCGUCGACCCAAAUACAAAAAUGUUUUGGUUGCGCCGUGGAGCAGUUGUUGAAACCAAUCGUUCACAGGGGAUAUUCAUUCACACACGGAAGACUCCAGAUAAUACAGUGAUGAUGCACUCUCUAGUAUUAGAAGAUCUGAAGUCUCCGCAGAGUGGAAAGUGGCUCUGUCUGGUCUCAACACCACAGGGGAAUGUAACAAAGACUGUCACAAUUGUUGUCAUAGAUAGCAAUGCUCCACAGUGUGAGAAAAAUACAACCAAGACCAACAAAGGAGUGUACAUGUGGGAGGCAACAGUUGCCGGGGUAACCAAAGAAUUACCAUGUAAGCUUGGUGAUGGCAAGAUCUCUCAUUUGUGUGACAAGCAGGGUAGAUGGACAAACCUCAAUCAUACAGCCUGUGAUUUCACUAAUGAGCUUACAAGGAAACUUCAGAGUCUGGCAGAGAAGAACACAAAUUCUUCCAAGAUUCUUAAUGAUGCCAAAAACCUGGAGAAGUUGGUCUCUGCUCCAUUUAGAAAUAAUGAGGACCCAUUGUCAACCAUAAACCCGGAAUAUGUUGACCUUGCCUCAAUGGCAAUAUACAGACUUAGCCAGCGAGCAUCACUAGGGGAGGAGAUUGUGAGAUCUGUGUUAUUUAGUGCCAGUAAAAUAAUGAAUAUCAGUACAAGUAUUCUGAAUGAGGCACAGAGACAGAGGAAAUCUUUGUCCAGGAUCUCGAAGGCAGUUGAGAGUAUUCCAGGCCAGUUCAGGAAUCAGGCAAAGUUCAGCCAGUCAGCAGAGUUCAUCGUCAUGGAGGCACGAUCAUUUGCUCCGAGUCAGUUUACCGGGAUACAGUGUAGUAGACUGGACCUCACUUUUGACCAGACUGCUCAUAGACUGAUACAGAGUCCAUCUGGUUUCGUUUUUGUUUGUAGUGAAGCAGUCAAUGAUACAUCAAAUUAUGCAUAUUUAAAUUUGGAACCUCUUACAUCAAUUUUAAUUCCAAAAUCUGUCCUGGAUCAAGCCAAGCCGGAAGUGAAAGAUAUUGGUAAUGCAACAACAACAACAACACCUGGGCCAGGCAGCAAUAUACAUUUCCAGUUUAUAUGGUAUCACAAUGCUAACCUGUUCCCUAUUGCCAGAGGAAGGAAUGAGGAUCAAGUGCUUCAGGGGAAAUCUUGGAAUGUCAUUAGUUCAGUGAUUUCCGUGUCUAUGUCUGUUCCUGUAGAGAAUUUGACAGAACCUGUAGAAAUUGUGUUUGAGAUACCAGCUACCACAAAGAGUCUUGUGCCGGUGUAUUGGGACUACUCUGCUAACGGUGGAUAUGGAGACUGGCGAACAGAUGGUUGUUUGAUAGUAGACAAAAAGAAGACAUUAGUAACUGUCCAUUGCGACCAUCUGACAGCUUUUGCCAUACUUGAGGACGAGAGUGAAGUGAGAGCUAACAUGUUCCAAAUGAUGGAGAUAGUUGUCUAUAUAGGAAGUUGUAUAUGUCUGCUCUGUCUCAUGGCUGUAAUCAUCACUUAUGUCUCAUGUUUCAAAUUUCUGAAUAUACCACGGAAGAUGAAGCACUCUGUCAUCAACAUCUGUGUUAGUGUUUUACUGCUGAUCAUUGGCUUCACCAUGGGUAUAAAACGUACUGAUCAUGAGAGGGCGUGUCAGAUUGUCGGCAUUGUCUUGCAUUAUUUGUCAAUGGUGGCAAUGUUUUGGUUUACAGUCACAGCAAGCAAUAUGUUGAAGAAGUUCACAAAGGCUGAGAAGCCACCACCACCACCAGCGGACUUCCCGAUGCCGUUACCACCCAAGCCAAUCAUACGCUUCUAUCUGCUGGCCUGGGGUGUGCCUACAAUUAUUUGUGGUAUAACUGCUGCUGUCAGCUUUGACUUCUAUGAUGAAUAUGAUUAUUGUUUCCUUGAAUGGGAGCCAGGGCUUGGAGCAUUUGUUGGACCGGUUGCGUUUCUUUUACUGCUGAACUGUAUAUUCUUCAUACGUAUCUCGUGUGUAAUACGUAGCUCAACAGGUCCAUUACUGAAUGUUGAAGAAACACAGGAACUUCACAUAACUGACAUUGAGAUGACGUCAAAUCAAGAUAGAAUAGAAACACAAUCUUUGACGUCGGAAAUGAGUGUGAAGUCUACAGUAUCAAGUGUAAUGGAUUUUGAGCGGCGCCCAAUCACACAGUUGCGUGCCUUAGCUGUAUGUCUACUGCUUUAUAUCUUCACAUGGAUUUUUGGUGCUAUAACUGUUGCCAAGCCAUUUAGUGCUAUUCCUUACCAGGAAAUAAUAUUUAGUUACUUAUACGGUGUAUUUUGUGCAAUUCUUGGAUUAUUCAUCCUCAUAUACUUCUGCUUGACACGUAAAGAUUCGCGGUCAAGUUGGAAAAGAUUUUUCCUGUGUGAACAGCAGGCAGUUUAUGAUGCGAAUCAAAUGACAUCAAAUUCAGUGCCACAAGCAAAUGGACAUGUUAAUACUGGCAGUGGAACUGAUAUUUCUAAAGUGAACUCCACGGUUGUUGUGAACCACUCAAAUCACAUAAAUCAUGUAAAGAAAAGUGAUGAUGAAGCAUCUUCAAUAAAUCUAGUCCCGUCUAAACCACCGUCUGUUGUUGAUGGCUCCUUAAGUAACAGUUUAAAUGAAGCUACUGCAGCAAGUUUUUAUAAUCCAAGACAAAAUGGCGUUGCUAAAAAGUUUUGGGAGAAGAAAAAUAAGCAUAAUUCAAAAUUACUUAGCAAGGAAAUGACAAAAAGCUUAAAUAUGAAUGGUACAGAUAGUGAUUUUUCUGCCUCUGAAAGACCAAGAGGAAUAAGUCAUGGAUACAGUAGUGAUGGCCAUGGUCCUAAUGGAUUAAAUUUAGAUUUACAAUUUCAAGGGAGAAACAUGGACACAGACACACAAAGUGCACGUUCACCCAUUCGCCAGCAGUCACCACCAAGUUAUACAGCUGUCAUGGCAAAUGGCCCAUUUCAUCAGUAUGGUCAACCAACACGUGAGCAAACAGCAUCACCUCAAAAUCAAAGACCAGAAAUUCUUACCGGAAGUCCAAACUGCAGUAUUGUUUCAUAUACAAGUUCACGCAUUGUACCCCAUCAUACACGUACACCAAGUUCGUCUUCGCUUGGUAAUCGUAACCAGACCAGUGCAUUUGUGCCAGUACAGCCUCGUAACAACACACUCCCUCGAAAUGGGAUGCCAGUGUCUCAGUCAGUGCCAUCAAGUCCAGAAAAGGAGGUGCCAGAUCAGACUAUAUCUGGCCCCAGUUCUGUUGCUCGUCUUGGAGAUUUUGACGGUUCAAGUCAAGUGAGUAGCUCUUACAGCCAUGAACGAUUAAGGUCGCCUCGCCCAGGUGACCUUCCCUACAUGUCUGGAUACUCAAGUCCACCUGACAUGUCUAUGUAUAAACAAUAUGGUCUAAUAGAUGGUCAACCUCAGACAAAUAUAAUAACACCAACGUCUCAGCCAUAUAGGAACAGAACAAAUUCUGGUGGUUAUAGCUCAGACAAUAGCAGCAAACAUCGGAAAAGAAUGGAAAAUAAUUUCAUUCAACAAGUUGAACAACGUAUACCUCAGGGUGCCAAUGUGAACCAUACGUAUCCUAACCAUGUAAAUUCAAAUCAUGUAAAUUCUACCCAUGGUAAUCAUGUGGAAUCAAAUAAUGCUGGACUUGUAACUCACAAGCCGCCACUUUCACCGAUGUCUGAUAGUGAAAAUAAUACUGGUCGCAGAACUUUUCCCGACUCUGAUAGUCAAAUACACUACAAAAAACAUAGAUAUAAUGACUCUGACCAUAAUUCAGAACCAACUAAGUCACAUAAAUCACAUGACUCGCAUAAACACUCAAGACAUCGUGGAAUGACAAAACAGCGCUCUCUUGACUGGGAUAAACAGUUUAAGGAUAAUUCUCCUUCAAAUGCGAUACCGUACGCGUAUGUGAAUCAUAAUUAUACUGAUAGGGUGCUUCAAAAGUUAACAAAUAUGGCCAUUUCUGAACAUAUAGACCCAACAAGCAAAGCAUUCUGGGUACCGCGUUCUUCUCGGAGCUAUAAUGAACUUGUGAAAAAAGAGAAAGCGCGACUGUGUGAAGAUUCAUCGACGAGUUCCGAUGAUGAUGAUGACGACAGUCUCGACAACAUUUGGGUCUUACAGAAGGAAAAGCGAGCGAAAAAGAACAAAAAGGAAACAAGUGUGUGAUGUUGUAGAAAAUGUGUCAUAUAUUUAAUUAAGAUUUAUGAUAAAAUCUUUUCCUUUGUAAUGUCUUUUAUACAUUUGUAAUAUAUUUUAUCAUUUGACAUGUGAACUAUUUCCUGUGAAUUCAUGGUGAAGCUGAUUAAUAUGUGAAAAUGUGGCCAGUAGAUCUGGUUUUGUUGCCAUGCAGUAUUCUACAUGUAUUCUUUUAGGGGAAAUAGUUGUUUGAAGAAAUAAAUACAGAGUUUGUAAUUUCAUUAAGGCUGUGUAUGCACUUAUUGUUAAUAAAACUGAUUAAGAUAUAAAAAAAAAGUUGCAUUUUAUAUGGUUAUUCAUUUUAGGAUUUAAAAAAAAAUCAGUCUUUAUUUAGAGUAUUUUAGACAUAAAAUGAUGUUCAUUUUUAUCAUUUGGCAACUUAAAAAUGUUUUUAAUGCAUAAGAAACGUCUCACUCAAGUUAAGUUGAAAGUUCUCUGUACACAUGCAUAGUUAUAUAUUUAAAUAAAUUCAUUAAAAUAGGCUUGUUUUUAAGGUAGUUCUGCAUGUCUGGAUUAAUAUUUUUCUACAAUAAAAAUUUUAUUAAACCUAGAUUUUUCACCUUGUGAAAUUUGGCAAAUUGAAAGAUAAGGUCAUGUACUGGAGUUUUGGCACCGCUGUCUGAAACAUUUUGAUAUCAAGUAAGUUUUCAUCAUGGGGAUCAGUAGGGAUGACAUUUUCAUACAAAGACAAUUUUCAACAGUGUAGAACUUUAUUUGAAUUUAACUUCCUGCAGUUGUCAAUGUCUUGUCCAUCAUGUGCUUGAAUUAUAUGUAUUGGUCAGUGCAUUUAGGUUUAGAUAAUUGGCCAUGAUCACAGAGAUCCACUUAAGGCUGGUUGUAUGUCAGUACAACCCAGCUUUGUUUGCCUGAGCAGGCAUUGCCUGCCGAAAUUUGUUUGUGCCAUCAGUAGUUUGAGCCCUCACUAGUUGAAACCAACUUUAUGUUAAUACCAUAAAGUUUGAACUUAUCUACACUAUAAUAUAAACGACAGAACCACAGGUACAGUUCAAGAAUAUCAGUCACCUGUGUUCAACUGAUCCAAGGUUGAAAAAUAUGUAUUAUAUUGCCAUUUUGCAUGGGCAGCAUAUGGAGGCGGAGCAAAGUGAUGUGUUUAAGCAAACAAAAGUUAGACUAUGUUUGAAAUUUCAGAUUCCCAUAUUAAUGUAAUUAUGUUCAUUCUUUAGAAAUAUAGAAACCUUACAAGUUUGAUCAAUUAUGUUAUCAAACAUGGGGAACUACCUUAAACAGAGAUUUUUAAAGAGGUUGUAAUUAAGAAAUUGUUAGAAAUUGUUUACAGAGUUGCAGUCUACAAAACUUUCUUGCUAGCUUUAUUUGCUUAUUUUAUACAUGUUACUCUUCAAACAAGAAACCUUCACUGUGUUCAUAUGAUUUUUACAAUGUUCUAUUUUUAAUAUUUUACAAGUUUUUGUUCAACUUUUCUGAGGAUUUUUUAGCUUAAUUUUUUAUUGUAAAACAUCACCUUUGUAGGGUAAAAAGUGAUUUUUUGUUACGAGUUGUCUUUAUUCACAGGUUGUACUACACUGCAAAUGAUUAUAUCAGAAUGGAAAUUUACAUUCUACAGAGCCAUUUGAUCUCUGUUCAUGGAUGAUCUUUAGCACAACUUUGACAGUUCCAAAAUGUACACAAAUACUUAAGUUUGGAAUUUUUCCCUUCAUUUAGAUAGAAUGGGGAUAGCAUAAUUGCAUCAAAUGAGUGGUAGGAUGUCAAUGGUGUUUUAACUGUUAUUUCUCAAAGAAACAUUGUUUUACCAGGUGAUGCCUUUUUAGCAACACUGUACUAGUUUUCUAAGUUGAAGAUACAACAAGGAUCUUUAUUUUCUGUUUCAUCACACAAACCUCUUGAAUGUUGAAUUUCCAUCCAUAUAUAUUUAGCCAAAAGAGACUUUGUGUUUGCAGAUUUUGCUGUGCAACAUUUCUUACUAAAAAGUUCUGUUGAUAUAAUUUUAUUAGUCAGUAAUAAUUUUAUUGUGUGAGUGGUACAAGAUAAAUAUCUCGCAGUUGUCUUGCUGUUAAAAUUUAGAUUUCAAAAAAGUGGUAGGAGCUGUAUACAACAGAAAUGUAAAUUUUUUUCUCCUCUGGCAUUAAGUAGUGAUCUUUUUUAAGUUGAUUUUGAUGCGAUUUUCUGUAAAUUAUGCAGAAACCCGUGAUCUUCACGUUUUUUAUAGAGCUAUUUUAAUGCAUAUUUUUAAAUUGAAGUGAGACAUGAAGACCUUUUAUAUAUAUGAUUGUACUUUUUUUAUGUCUUUUAUACUUUUUAUAAGUCUUGUCUAGAUAUUUUAGUCUUGUUCUCUCACAAAAGACUGUCUAGUUUUAUUUAAAUGUUUUAGGUCUGUUAAGUAUACACUGAAAGAGAAAUUAAUAGUUAGAUAUAAGAUUUCAUCAGACUGUUUUUCAUAGAGGUUUUGUUUAAUAGGCUCUUAUUGCAUUUUUACUCACGUUUCAGAAAUUAACAUGUGAAUAAUUAGUAAAAUCUGCUGCUGAUUGUUUAAGAUAAAUGUUCAACAUACAACUGAAUCUGUUUGGGAUAUAAAUACAGUAUGGUACUGAGAAGUAUUUAUUUAGAUGCAAAUGUUGUCUCAUAUCAAACAAGGUAGGCCAAAGCCUCUGAUGUCCGUCUUAUAAGACUCAAUAGGGACAACAAAAUGGGUAUGUUUCUUCAUAUGUGAGGAGAUGUAUUGAAUUUGUCCUGUCUGUCACAAAAAUUUGGUCACACUAUUCCUCUGAAACUACUGAUGGGAUUUCAACAAAAUUAAGAAGAAAGGUUCAGUACUAAUGGCAGUUUCACAUGUCAUAUCACAAACAUUGUAUUGCUUAACAGAAUACAGUUUGUUUUUCCCACACACAUGUCUUUAUGCUAUGCCUAGAUAAUGCAUAUCCAUUCACCCUGCCAUAUGAAUGAAGCGGUAAUGGCAGACAUGCACUUUUUCCCAAAAGUUCCAUAUCUAGGUUAUUGUAUGAUUUCUUCUAAUUUCCAGCCUUCCAGAAGAUAAUGUUUCAACACUGUCAUCCCAUUAGAAGAUAGAUCCCAAGAACACAUGCAUUCUCUUUUAUACUUUGUAACAACCUGAUAUUUAUAUUUAGAUGUUGAUCAGAGUUGAUUAGAGUAUGUCUGUGUGUGUGUAUAUAUAACUGAGAUUUGGGUUUAAAUGAAACUUUGUAUCGCUUUAUUUAUUGUUCAGAACUUGUCAUACUAAGUCAGCUGAUGUAUACAUUAUGGCACUGUCUUGCUCUCAACAUCACAUGAACAAUGAAGAACCAGGUUAUUUGUCUUUUUUUUUUGUCAAAACCAUUCUGUCUUUUAAAGAGGUGUUUUACUUCAAUUUUAAGGCAGGAAACAUUUUAUAUACUUCUUUAAAACUGAACAGUUUGCAGCUUUAUCAAAGAAGCAUAAGAACUGAUUCAAAUCUUAAUUAUUCAUUACAGCAACUUGUGUGUUUUGAAGUUGCACCUGAAAUGUAAGGUGUGAUAGGUUCAUAUUAAAUCCCUUCGUUUUAUAUAAAAAGCAACAACAUUUUUUUUUUUCAGAAGAGCAUAUCAAAAAUUUACUUAAAAAAUGAAAAUAGUUACAAACUAAAUGAUCUUUUUAGUUUAAUUAAUGCAGCUAAAAUAGCUGUUUAAUUUCAAUAUAACUCCAGUGAAACAGUAAUACUGUUUAGAGUUUAUGUUUUAUUAUUAAAAUGGAGCAUAAUUUGCUAUUCACAGAACAUAAUUACUAGAUUUUUGAGAAAAACACAACAGAGAUGUAAAUUUUAUUGUAAAGAUAAUAUUACUGUAGAAUCUGUGUUAGUUGAAGAUAUUUAUACUUUGUAUAUUAUACUGCAUGUGACAAUUUGAUUGUGAAAAACAUGGUAGUAAACAAAUGCUAUUAAAAGUAUACCUUGUA